UACUUUUUCCUACAUACACUGCACGGCAUCCCGUGGCCUUUCUCCCUCCCAGAUUAUACUGGUUACUCAUGGCAAACACUGACCUGAAGCUUCUCGGUGGUUGGUUCAGUCCAUUUGUGUUGAGGGUUAGGAUCGCGCUCAACAUCAAAUCUCUGGAAUAUGAAAACGUUGAAGCGACCUUGAACCCAAAAAGCCAGCUUCUUCUGCAGUCAAAUCCUGUACACAAGAAAAUCCCAGUCCUCCUUCACGGAGACAAACCCAUCUGUGAAUCUAGAGUCAUUGUCGAAUACAUAGACGAGGUUUGGAACUCUGGUCCCUCCAUCUUAUCAGCAGAUGCUUACGAUCGAGCCAUGGCUCGUUUCUGGGCUGCCUACAUCGAUGACAAGUUUUUUGUGGCCAUGGUAAGCGUUGUACGUGCAGAAGAUGAAGAAGGGAGGAAGCCAUACUUGGAGGAUGUGGAAGAUGCGCUUGUGACAAUGGAAGGUGAGUUGCAGAAACACUGCAGAGAAGGAAAGGGGUUUUAUGGAGGGGGUGAGAUUGGGUUGGUGGAUAUUACGUUAGGGAGCUUGAUGUGUUGGUUGAGUGUGAUAGAGACGAUGAGUGGAAGGAAGAUAUUGGUUGAAGCGAAGCAUCCAGGUUUGGUGAAAUGGGCAGAGAGAUUCUCAUCUGAUCCUAACGUGAAGGGGUUGAUUCCUGAGACUGAGAAACUCAUAGAGUUUGCAAAGGCUCUUAAGAUGAAGUGGAAAGCUGCUGCUUCUGCAAAGUAAUGGAACUCGUUUUCAAAGGUGCUGCUUUUGGGAUGUCAUAACAAUUAAUAAGCAGUUUCUUUCUUUGUUAAUGGGACAUUAACGGUCCUUCCGAAGCCACUGGACUAUUUGAUGGAAGCAGUUUUUAAAAACACAUUGUGUGGAAUUUGAAAUAUUUUUAUUUACAAUUUAUAAAUAAUGCAUUUUAUUAUAAAUUGUAUAUAUUUUAGGGAA